GGGCGUUCCGUCGGAGGGCUGGUCGCUAGUCCGCUGUGCGGAGUGGGGGAGAGCGGAACUUCUGAACGGGUUCGGGUGUGGCGGUUCAACGUAAAAGCGAGAUAAAUCAAAGGCGAGGGGGGAAAACGGCGAAACAAUUCAUCCGUCAGACAGAUGAAUUGUGAUUUGGCGGUGCUGUAGGAAAUGCAUGUUUCUGAGAAGGCAGCUUAGGGUUUACCGCGGACGAGACACUGUACGGUACCACUGGUGAUACGCUGCGGAUCCCGAACGUGACCGCGCCGCUGGAGCAGACGUGCCGAGGAGCCUUUUGCCCAGCCAACUCGCGUGGGUCCGGCUCGUUCUUCUCCGGAGAGCCACCGAACCGACCGGUCAAGCGAUCGACUCGUGCGAGAGUGGCGUUUCUGCUGAAAGUUACUGUCGCGGCGUGUGUGAGCGAUUCUUCCGUGAUUUCGUCUUUUCUACGCUCUUCAUUUGGCCACACACUUGUUCCAUUACGGGGACACUUCUUCUUCUUGCCUUCCGCGAACCACCUCGAACGGCUCGAUCAUUAUACCGCUUGUUGGUGAAAGUCCCACACCGAAGUGAAAAAAAGAUUAAACAAAAGUUAUCUAUAGGGACUCUUGGGUAGACCCAAGUUCUUAAGAAGAUUGCUGAACUGAAGAGAAGAUCGAGAAGAGCGAAAGGGGAAAGUAAUCGCGGGCAGCGGCGGCGCUGAUACGUUGAUACACUUUACAUUACAUUAGAGAGAAGUGAGCGAGCGAUCGCGACCAUCAUCACCAUGGGCUGCACUGUCAGCGCUGAAGAUAAAGCGGCCGCCGAGAGGUCCAAGAUAAUCGAUAAAAACCUCCGAGAAGACGGAGAGAAGGCGGCCAGAGAAGUGAAACUGCUCCUGCUGGGUGCUGGCGAGUCGGGGAAGAGCACUAUCGUGAAGCAGAUGAAGAUCAUCCAUGAAGAUGGCUACUCAGAAGAUGAGUGCAAACAGUAUAGAGCUGUGGUGUACAGUAACACCAUCCAGUCCAUCAUGGCCAUCAUCAAGGCCAUGGGUAACCUGAAGAUCGACUACAGUGACUCUGCCAGAGCGGAUGACGCCCGCCAGUUGUUUGCCCUGUCUGCAACUGCCGAGGAGCAAGGCGUCAUGCCGGAUGACCUGUCCAAUGCCAUCCGCCGCCUGUGGGCGGACAGUGGAGUGCAGAGCUGCUUCUCGCGUUCCAGAGAGUACCAGCUCAACGACUCUGCGGCAUACUACUUGAAUGACCUGGAAAGAAUAGCCAGGCCAGACUACAUACCCACGCAGCAGGAUGUUCUCCGAACGCGAGUUAAGACCACUGGUAUUGUGGAGACGCACUUCACCUUCAAGGACCUGCACUUCAAGAUGUUUGACGUCGGUGGCCAACGGUCUGAGAGAAAGAAGUGGAUCCACUGCUUCGAAGGCGUCACAGCCAUCAUCUUCUGCGUGGCCCUGAGCGCUUACGACCUGGUCCUGGCUGAGGACGAGGAGAUGAAUCGCAUGCAUGAGAGCAUGAAGCUGUUCGACAGCAUCUGCAACAACAAGUGGUUCACUGAGACAUCCAUCAUCCUCUUCCUCAACAAGAAGGACCUCUUUGAAGAGAAGAUCACCCGGAGCCCUCUGACCAUCUGCUUCCCGGAGUACUCAGGGGCCAACAAAUAUGAUGAGGCAGCCAGCUACAUCCAGACCAAGUUCGAAGACCUGAAUAAAAAGAAGGACACCAAGGAGAUCUACACCCACUUUACCUGCGCCACCGACACCAAAAACGUACAGUUCGUUUUCGACGCCGUCACCGAUGUGAUCAUCAAGAACAACCUGAAGGAUUGUGGCCUCUUCUAGAAUGGGAAGAGACUAAGGGUUAUUUGAAGAGCUUCAAUGGCAAGAAUGGUGGAGAGUUUAUACACCGUGACAGACUGCACUGGCCAACAGCGAUUCCUAUGCUCAUCUGGUUUUUAAGAAGGAAAACAGACUGAGAACCUGUGUCAACUCUCAACAAUCGCUGAUUUCCCAAUUGUCAUUUUUCCCUUCUUGUGAUGUCUUUUUUAUAUGUUGGAUAUUUAAUUUCAAUGGGGAUUUCUUAUUUUAUUAUUGAUCUUUUUUUUUUUUUUUUUUUGCCUAGAACCACAACUCAACAGUUUAGACUUCCUUUUUGUUCCUUUGUUUUAAUUAGAGGCAAAAUAACUUUUUUUAUAUAAAUGCAUUGAAUUUAAUUUUAAGAUGGAAUUUUAUGAACCUUUAAAUUACAUAAAAUUUAUUUUUUAAGAGAACUGUGGGCAUAGAUAAAGAAAACUGAUUGAAAGGAAAGUGCUUUAUGAUGUUUACACGAAAUCAGAUUGUUAGCUGAACUGCAUAUUGUACUGCAUGUCUGAUGAUAGCUGACUGUAUUAGCUCUGUAAAUCUGCACAGUGUAACAUUCCUUAAAAACUACAAAAAGCUUCACACCAGGGAAAAUAAAUUUUAACAAAUAUUUAAAAUGUAAUUGUAUCUAACAUUGCCCUUUUAUCGUUCAGUUUCAUGUAUUGUUCAGUUUAACAGCAGUAUGUUUUGUGCCUUGACUUCCGUUUACAUCUGACUUAGAUUUGCUUUAUCAGUAGAGUUGACUUAUUUCACUUUUUGUCUACUUUUUUCUGCUCUUUUCUUCACAUGAAUAAAAAGCAAGCUGAAAUAGUAAGAACUAGACACAAUCUAACAAAGAGAGUGGUCUUUUGGUAAAAAAAGAUAAUCUAAUUUAAAUAAAGCUGUCACUAGAUCUGUGUCUC